UUCCCGCUCUCCCUUCCCGCUCUCCCUUCCCGCGCUGGCGGCCGGCGGGGGCGGGGCCCGACGCCUCAGCCAAUGAGCGGCGGCGGCGGCGGCUCGCGCCGGGCCAUGGCGGCGGCGGGCGGCGAUGGCGGCGCGGGCGGGGCUGAGGGCGGCGGCGCCGAUGGCGGAGAGGACCCGACCCCGGCGGAGACACCGGGGCGCUCCCAGCUGUUCAACAUCGUGGUGGACAUGUUCCUGGAGAAGCUGGUGGCCGCCGGGAGCUACCAGAGGUUUGUCAGCUGCUAUCGCUGCUUCUACAAGCUGAAGCCGCAGCUGACCAGGAGCAUCUACGAUCAGUUCAUCUCCCAGCUGCAGGCGUCCAUAAAGGAGGAGAUCCAGGAGGUGAAAAAUGAAGGGAAUCUGGAGGAACUCUUCAGUUCCCUGGAUAAGAUGGUGGAGGAGGCAAAGGACCGGGAGGAGCCAGCGUGGCGGCCCAGCGGGAUCCCGGAGCAGGACGUGCGCGGCGCCCUGGUGCCCUCCCUGCUGCAGCACCGUGCCCACCUGCGCCGGGCGCUGCGCCAGCGGCGGGAGCGCAGCAGCAGCCUGGCCCAGUCCGUGCUCGCGGGGAGGAGCAGGAUUGCAGAGCUGCAGCAGAUGAUCCAGGCUCGCCAGCAGGCCUGGCAGGCAAUCAGUAAGGAGCAACGAGAACUCAUCAUGACAUUCCAGGAGCCCCAGUGAGGCCACAGGAUGUCCCACAGGCUCUGCUGGGACAGUUCAUCGUCCCAAAGCACUGAUGGGACAAGGUGUGUGCAGAACCCAAACUGAGAAUCAGCCCAUCAGGCCACUGGAAACUGCAGAGGGACUGAAACAGCUUCUGGACUGGCACAGUUUGAUCAGAUUUGGUGGAGAAACAAACAAAAAAAAAAAAUUUGGGAUCUUUGCAAAUGGAUGGCAAUUCCCUGUUUCCCACUCAGCUAGACAGAGGGGAGUGUCACAAAGUGUGUCUGUGCUCUCAUCUGCUCCACUCAGUGCUGUGACAGGCCUGAUUCCAGUUUCCAAAGCCACAUUUGGGGGGAUUGUAGCUGUUUUAGUUGUGCAUUAGCCAAAAUUCAGUGCCUUAAACCCAGGCCAGGCUGUGCCCAGAGGAGCCCACGAGCAGGAGCACGAGUGGGUCACAGCCAGGGUACUGCCUGUGCUUGCAGGUUCAUUCAGUCUCUGUGUUCAGACCACUGCCUGUUGCAGAUGUGGCAGCAGCUGCUGCCCUGAUUUCCUUCUUACCAUUCAUUCUGUUCUCAAAGUUAUUUUCUAGCCCUGGUCCCCUCCCAGCAGCCCGAGGUAUCUGAGGGAUCUGUGCAGAGGUUGGAACAGCCCUGCCUCCACUCUGUGGGUUUGUAGCACAGCGUUUUAAUGUUUUCCUGUGGAACCUUCUAGAGCCAGACUGGUUUUCCCCACCCAGAGUUGUUCCUGUCUCUUCUGUUUGCGGGCUGGGGAAGCCAGAGCUCCCAGGAUCUCCCUGGCAGAGCCCCACCAGUGACAUGUGCCUCCAGCAUGGACAGGCUGUCCUGGGGCUGGGCAGGGAGUGAGGAGAGCCCCCUGCACCUGCAGAGCACUGAGAGCUUCUGGCUCCAGCAGCCACCGAGGCUCCGUGGGCUCUCCCUGUGCCCAGCUGGGGAGGGGCAGCGGCUGCUCCACCUCGCCCCAACCUCUGUGAGCAAUUAGAGCUGCAGAGUUUCCCCUCUGCCUCCCCUGGCUCUGCUGGAAUCUCAAUAAACCGGGGCUGUUGUUCCCA